AUGCAAAUUCUGGCUCCACAGACCACGACGGUGUCGUCAUAUCCAAUUGCACUAUGGCAUGAUGCACCCGACCAGAACAACUUGGCAGAUCGGUACAGCGCGACCGCUUGGGGCUUCCUGAUUGCGCCAUUUCUGAUCCAGCACUCAGGAACACGGAUCCGUGGUGUGCGAUCGUCGGCUGUCGGUCUUGCUGUUGCCCACUCUUUGCCGGCCAGGUGGAACGACACGGUGCCAGACAACCUGAUUAUCAAAUCAGAACAAUCGCUCGCUGAACCCCUCCAGCACGGUACUUUGUUCGGACGUCCGCCUGUAAAAAGAAGGACGCCGUUCUACCAAAUGCGGGGAACUGGAGCUGUCAAUCAUCAUCACGCGUCUUCUCCCUCUCAACUCUCGAAUGCCGAGCUGAAAUCACCAACCUGCAACAACACACCCCGCUUCCAUACACCAGCUGCUUCAGUCCUCUAG